GAGCAAGCAAGCCAACCCGUCAUUUUGUGAUCAACAAAGUAAACUUUACGGAUGUUAUAUUCUAAACUGACUGACGUGAUGAGAUUUUUAAAGCACCAUAGAAACUGGAACAAAAAGGUGAUAAUAACGAACCACCAUUUACUAUAGCUUACCUGAAGUAUUGGCCUGUUAACUGGUUUAAGUUUUCAGACCAGCUUGUAUAAACUACUCGAUUGACUAUAGCGGCCCGAUCUAACGUAACCUAAUUUCAUUCUUUAUCUGCUGUUCGCUCCGAGGACCGCUCUUAUGAAGUUAGUGUUAAGUAUGGGUUUUUAAAAAUCAACCCCCUCCCCUUCAUUCACACCUCUAUCGUAAAAUUCCCGCCUCGUAAUUUAUCUAUUUAUCUCUCGAUCUCUAUAAUACACGCAUUUACAAUUCUCGGACUAGGAGUUAAAUGGAAAUAUAACCGAUCUCAUCUACUCUCUGGAAUCUAUCCGAACUUAAAAGAAAUUAACUAAUAACGAAAUAUAUAUAUACAUAGAUAUAACCAUCAUCAUCUGUAAACUGAGCCAAUGGGUCCAGUAUUGCAGAUACGCGUUAGUUCCAGUGAUGAUGACAGCGAUUCUCCCGAUAUGAACAGCCAACUUUUAAAUGGCAUACCAACUUUGAAUUCUGGAUCUUCUGUUCAAUCAGUUGCAUCAAACUUGCCAGCAGUCAAUGUCAGUCAAUUUUGUGCAAUUUGUGGAGACCGAGCUACUGGAAAACAUUAUGGAGCUUCCAGCUGUGAUGGCUGUAAAGGAUUUUUUAGACGAAGUGUGAGGAAAAAUCAUGUGUAUACAUGUCGCUUUGCUCGAAACUGUGUUGUGGAUAAGGAUAAAAGAAACCAAUGUCGCUACUGUCGACUGAGGAAAUGUUUUCGAGCUGGAAUGAGGAAAGAAGCGGUACAGAAUGAAAGAGAUCGCAUCAGCAUUCGGCGAACAAGUUAUGAAGAUCUGGGCACCAGCUCAUCUUUAUCAAUUUCUUCACUUUUAAAUGCUGAGUUAAUGUCAAGAGAAGUAAUAAGUCAACCAAACACAGAUAACUUAGCAAGUAAAAAGAUGGCUACACCAAAUGAUGUCUGCGAGUCCAUGAAACAACAACUACUGGUUUUAGUUGAAUGGGCUAAAUACAUUCCAUGUUUUGGAGAACUACAGCUAGAUGAUCAGGUAGCUUUAUUACGGGCUCAUGCAGGAGAACACCUUCUGUUAGGUGUUGCCAGACGUUCAUUACAACUGAAAGAUGUUUUACUUCUAGGAAAUGAUUCUGUGAUUUCUCGACAUGUAGCAAAUACUGAAAUGUCACAUAUUUGUGGCAGAGUGAUUGAUGAAAUUGUAAAGCCUUUGCAAGAAGUAGAUAUUGAUGACUCGGAAUUUGCAUGUCUUAAAGGAAUCAUAUUCUUUGAUCCAGGUGCCAGAGGUUUAAUUGACAGCCACCGAAUAAAAACGUAUCGAUGCCAAGCUCAAGUGAAUCUUGAAGAUUAUAUCAAUGACAGACAAUAUGAAUGCCGUGGUCGAUUUGGAGAAAUUUUGCUUAUUUUACCUGUCUUACAGAGCAUAACUUGGCAGAUGAUAGAACAGAUUCAGAUGGCCAAAAUAUUUGGGGUAGCUAAAAUAGACAAUCUUCUUCAAGAAAUGUUACUUGGAGGAGCAAAUAGUGAAAUUGGACAUUCCUCAGCAGCGGUUUCAGCAGUUAGUCUUCAACCUCAUUUAUUAUCAAAUCCCAGUUUUCCUGACCAGCUUGGAAAUCAAGCUGUGGAGAACAUUAUUAAUGGUCAGAAUGGUGAUUCCCAAAUAAUUCUUCAAGACACAGUUGGCAGCAGCAAUUCACUUGACACUUCCCCUUUUAGCCAGUCACCUCUGACCUGCAGUAGUCCUCUGUCUAAUGACUGUUCAAUCACAGUUAAUAUACACGACCAGCAUCCUCAUCAAACACUCACGGAUCCUCAUGAUACUUCACUGACACCUUCCAGUAUGCAAGUUGAGUCUCAGUUCAAAUUAGGGAACUUGACCAAUCAUAAUCAGACUCCUUCUCAUUUUAAGCAAGAAGUUGGUGUUUGAAUGAAUACCAACCCCUUUGUUAUUGACUCUGUUGUACAUGCGCACAAGGUGAAUACAAGUCUGAAAUCAGACAGUCAGAAUCCAAUGAAUAGAUCCCCUCAGUUAUCUAAAAACACAAAUAUAUUUUUAACAUUAUCAUACACACAUGCACAUAUACAUACAUUUAUAUUGUGGGUACCAGAAUUGAAUGGGUAAUUGAAUAAUGUAGAUACUUCUGUUAAAUUGACUGUCUUUUCUGAAAUGCCUAAUAUAAAUUUGACAAACUUUGAAGGAUAUGCUAAAAUUCAACAACAUUGCAUAGCUUUCUGCAGAUGCCACAGUAACAUAAUAAUAUGCAUUUGCAUUCUGUUUAUGAACUUAGCUGAAAUGCAUGCUAAAUUUUGUUGUGUCACAGAAAUAUGAAAAUAUAUUUUUUUUUUUUAUUGGAGGUAAAAGGGAGUAAAAAAAAAAGAUGGAGGGCUAACACAAAUAUUUUAAGAAAAAAUAGAAAGUAACAAUUCUAGCAAUAGACAUAUUUUGGUCAAGUUUUUAAGAGAUUGGGGGAAGUAAAAAUAUUUUUCCGCAGUGUAUCAAACAUGUUGAGUAACUGUGUUUUUACAAUUUUGGAUACACAAAAAACAUACACAAAAUGUUCCCCCAGCAAAUGAAUUUUAUAAAAAUGAGUAUAUUUUUUACAAGAAGCAAAAACAAAAUGGACUAUUUAUUUGAAAUCAAAAGAAUAACUUUUUU